AUGCAAAUAUUCUUGAAGGCGCUGAGCACAUCUCGAACUGAUCGGCGCCACCGUCUUCAUCGCUACGACCGUCGCCCCUCAGCCCGUGCCUCUACGACGACCUUGGCUUCGCUAGGCGGCGCAAGAGUAGAUCUUCGUCAGCACCACCUUCGGCCAAAUCUACAACUCGGGGCCAACUACCGUGAAAAGCGCCGCCUUCUUCCCAAGUGGCGACGAACCACAACAAGUUUGCAUCGUUCGGGCACUCUUCGUCUUAUUCGCUAUCUCAUCGUCGUGCGCCUGUUCGUCAUUUUUUGUUCGCUCGUCACGUUCCGACAAGUGAACCGCACGGCACAUCGUAUCUUCUCUGCCACUAUGACCGACACGCAGACACACGAUGACAUGUCGGAGCUCGUCGAGCUGUACAUACAAAUUCAACAACAGAUGGGAGAAUAUGUUAGUGAGCGGUGGCGCAGCUACCAUCUCAAUCAAAGGGCGUCCCAGGCGGCGAGGGAGCAGGAGUGGGAGUAUCUGCGAAAUCAUCAGCUUCUGCGCGAACAUGAUGGUGGUGGACGUCGCUCCGACGCAAACGAAUGCCCGCAAAUGAGACGGCUACGCGACAUCCCGGCUCGGCCUCCCGCUUUGCCCAUGGAGAUGCGUGUGAAUGAGCGUGAGGGUGCAGCGACCGGCCGUACCGAGCCACUCCAAAACUUGGCCCAGGUCUGCCAGCAAACGGCCACAACGUCACAAGUGUUGAAAGCGGCCGCGGUCGAAUUCAACAAAGUGCUGGUGCGCCUCGACCGCUUGGCUAUUGAUGACAGGAGUACGCUGAACGACGCCGAAACCCGGAGGGACCAGGCCAAGAAAAAAUACGACAACUAUCUCAUGGAGAUGAAGGCAAAACGUCCGAAGGAUUGGAUCGCCGCGGCACCAAAAGCGACGGUUCCGGCGCCUCCUGGACAGCCCGCCAAUGGUCAACCAGCUGCUCUUCCCCCGGCUCCGCAACCAUUCGCCGAUCCGGCCCCAGCGCCGAACACCCCGCCCACGAUGCCGCGGGAUGCGCCGGACGAAGUUCAAGUCGAGCCCGACCCGGUCGGUGAUCCAUUUAACAUUCGAGUGCACGCUUCCAGCGAAAGGGUCGAGGCGUUUAGUUGGCGACUGGGGCAGGACGUGCAGGUCCCACAACCAAAUCCUCCACAAAGGGGACGACCCGCCGAAUACGUUGAGAAUUCACAAUGCUGCAAUUGUGAGAAGACACAAAAAUUGACUCGAGCCUACGGACCCGUGGCCUGCCCUGACUGUCGUGCCUCCUAUAGACAUGCCAUCGAAAAAUUGUUGAACGGCGAGACGAAGCCCUGCUCGGAGGAUCCUUGUUCUAAGGUGCGUUGCCGUCCGCAUCUUAUCGCAAACCUCGAAGCCAAGGGAUUCCGACGAGACCUCCUGCCCGCCUUCCGACCCGAA